UCCGUAGAGUUACCGUAAAACUAGACGUGUACUUGCAGCAUUGUUGUUAUGUAGUUUCAUCAGAAUCGGGAAAGGCGAGUGUUUACAACUUCGCAAAAACUCCUCGAUAACUAGCGUUCCUCACCCGACUCACUUUUAAUCCUCACUAAUGUGUUCGUGGCACGAUGUCGUCAAAUUUGAUGUUAGAUUUCGUAAAUCCAUCGAUGAUGAAUAAGGAAGCGGGGGAUAUUUCCAUCGAUCAGGAUGGAGAGUGGGAUAUCAGUUUGUUUGAUGAGCUGGAAGAUCUCGGGGGUGCUGACGAGUUUCUGGAGGCUCUGGUGGAAAGUGUAGGCUAUGACACCUCUGUUCCUGACCUGAACUUUGGCAUUGAGCCCACUGCGUGGAACUCCGAUGCCUGGAGAGAAAACGGUAGCCCGCAAUCAGAUGGUGAUAUAACCGUGGACUCCCUGUCACCAAACCACACGCUCAGUUUCGUGUCCUCGCCAGCGUCGGUGGAGCCCCACUCACCGUGCUCCACACAUGAUGAGGCACUGUCUCCAGUCUCCUGGCGUUCUGAACCCUCUCCACUGUCUGUCUGCUCUGACUCGAGCGGCUUUGCUGAGGUGUCUGCUGAGAAAAAGCCUUCCAAGAGGACCAGUCAGUCAAAAGCCAAACCUCUCCAGCCAGCGAAGAGGCCCAUUCAGUUCAGCCCCAAGGUCUCCAUUCAGCCUAAACCGCUCAUCACGGCAGUACCCAUGUCCCAUGCUGCAGCUCCCCUUCAGACUAAGACCAUCAUCAUCCAGCCUCUUCAGACUACAGUUCUGCCUGUAGUAAAACCUCCACCAGUCACCAUUCAACCAGCACCCCCUGCAGGUCAGCGAAUGCUGCUAUCUCAGCCUACUCAGGUGGUCCAGCUUCAGACGCCUCAGGCGGUGCCCACGCAUGUAGUCACAGUGCCAGCACUGGCUCAGGACCGAUCUGUCUCUGUUGUUGCACCGGUAACGGCAUCUCCUGUGGUUGCCAUGACACUGCAGAAUUCCACCCCUGAGGAUGAUUCAAGUGCGUCUCGGAGACAGCAGCGCAUGAUAAAGAACAGAGAGUCUGCUUCUCUCUCCCGGAAGAAGAAAAAGGAGUAUUUGUUGACAUUGGAGGCCCGUCUGAAGGUGGCGCUCUCUGAGAACGAGAAGCUGAAGAAUGAAAAUGGCACAUUAAAAAGACAAGUGGAAGGACUGAUGAGUGAGAACACUGUGCUGAAAGCAACUGCUCCAAAACGGAGAGCUGUGUGUCUUUUGACGGUCAUGGUCUUCUUGGUCUUUAACUUGGGUCCAAUGAGUCUACUUGGAGGAGACAGAGGGUCUACAUUUCCUGCUGCCCCUGCUUUCAGUGGCAGACACCUGCUGGGCUUUUCCCCAGAGUCAGAGAGAAACUUUGAGUCAGACAGGCCUCAGACUGAUCCCUCUAACCCUGUGAACAGGUUAGAGGAUGUAGUAUCAGAGCAGAAGGCACUGAUGGUGGUGAAGAAUCCUCUCUAUUUAAGAACCCCACCACCCUGCCAGCCACCUGUCAACAGGACCAAGUGCAUGAAGAUAGCGCAUGAGCUUAGGGGCUGGGUGCAUCGUCACGAGGUUGAGCGGACCAAAACUCGCCGCAUGAGUAACACUCAACACAGAGGCAGAACCAUCCUGCAGAAAGCAGCAGAUAAACGGGCUGAAGUACCACAGAUUACAACACAGAUCCAGUACACAGAUUCCUCUGAAAAGACUCCCAGCAGCGAGCUGCAGGUGUAUUACGCCCCUCGCCGCACUUACAAUGACUUCUUUGAUGAACUCAACAGAAGAGGGGACACGUUCUAUGUGAUCUCUUUCCGCCGGGAUCACCUCCUUCUUCCCGCCACCAACCACAAUAAAGGCAGCCGCCCCAAGAUGUCUGUGGUCCUGCCAGCUAUGAAUUACAAUGAGAGCAUCAUUAAAGACAAAGAGUUUGAGGUGAUGAUGCAGAUCGACUGUGAAGUCAUGGACACCAGGAUACUCCACAUCAAGUCUUCUACUAUUCCACCCAUCUUGCGGGUCAAUCAGACAGACACAGACUCUUUCUAUCACACGGCCCCCAACAACAACCAGCCGGCGGCCCCCGUCGGUGUCCUCAUGGGUUCUUCUUAGUCUCAGCUAUAUACAUCUUAUCAAUUUCGUUUUGUUUGGACUUACCUGUUUUUUCACCAACAUCUGUUUUGUUACAUAAUAAGCAUUUUGUUAAUUUUUGUGACUUUUAUUCUAGUGGCUAACCAGUAUCUUGGCAGUCCACUACCAAAUCACCAAGAUACUUAACAAUAGUCAAGAAUUCCACUUGAAGGCACUUCUUCCAAACGCACCAUGUAAGCCAUUUAAUACUGAUAAGCCAUUCAAUACAUUACAAUCUUUAUUACAGGAUAUUGAUUUCACCAACAACAGGCAUUUACACUUUAUGCAAAGUGACUUGAGUUUGUUUGUGCUCUACCAGCUGAAUUACAACGACUAGGUGCAGUCUGACUCGAUUUAUUGAACAUUUUUCUGCUAUAUGUGGUAGCUGUCAAGGAGUUGUUUUUUUUUUUUUUUUUUUUUUUUUUUUUUUUGCACUUUGCUUGUUUAUUAAAAUGAAUUCAAAUGAAUAUUUAUGAAGGUUUAAUAUUUGUACCAAGCUUGUUUUGGUAGACAUUUAAUGGUCGUGUUCAGCGACACAUUUUUUUUUAAUACCACUAUCCUCAAACAAACUGCAUUGUCAGCGAGUUUUGUUUUUCUGAUUUAUGAUAUUGCUAUUGAAUAGAAAAGUUAGAAGAUUUAUUAUUUACGCUUGAGUCUAUGUAAUUGACUUUCCAUUUGACUGAUAUUAUUCAGGACGGUGCUGUAAAUGUAUAUCGAAAAAUAUAUAUUUGAAAGUAUUUAGAUAAUACUUCUGCUCUAUGCUGGGUCUUUGAAGGGUAAUCAUUUUAGACUAAUUCUAAUUGGAAUAGCAGUUUGGGGUUGGGGGUCUUAUGCAACAUCUGUCAGUUCAUUUUAAUGUGUUUCAUGCCUCCGUGUUUUUCUUAGUGGCUUAAUUGCACUUUAAAUGAGGUGUGCUUGACAUAAAUACAGUUGUUAACAUAUUACUGGCUGUUCAUUUGAAGUUGUAGAAAAGACCUAAUUGUUAUUUGUAAUUUGUAUCCCAUCUGUCCUUGUUCACUGUAUGUCUGUCUCUAUUCUAGCUUAUUUAGAAGUGCACUUGUUUCUUGUCCUGUUUAGGAUGACGAUUAGUCAAUUAUCAGUCAGUAAUCUGUGUGAUCGUUAGCUUAUUCUUUCCCAUCCGUCAUCACCUUUACCGGAAAAAAAAAAUAUAUUUAGAAUUUUAGUUUUUAAACUCAACUCAGGUGAAUCUUUGUCAAAAUGUGGAUGAUUUAUUAGUAUUUUUAGUGAGAAUUUCACAUUUUGUCCUUGGCAUCACAGUAGAAUUGUCUCGUUUAUUUUUCUUUCUGGCAGCGUUUUUGUUUUUUAUAUAAUUAAUUUCUGCAUUUUCGCAAAGAUUGAUGGCGAUGAAAGCCGUUUUGUUACAAUGCAAAGAAAUAAACACUGGACUCAA